CGUUCACUGGUGAGUUUAUUCUUGACUUCAUAGACAAAUGUUUAAAAACAUUCACAGUUGUUAAAGAAACCAAAAACGCCAAAGAAGAUUGCAUUGGUCCAUUUAUAAAUUUCACUCGGCUGGAGAACUAAGGACACAAAUAAGAAACUAAAAAUUUGUUGCAAAGCGCGAAUAACCACAACAAAUUGCAAUAAUAACUUUUACAAAACGCGAAACUCGUUUACAUGGUGAGCGCAUGUUUUUUUAGCAUGGACACAAAUGGGCCCCAUGCUAAGCUGGUAAAAGCAGCUUAUAAAUUCUAAUUAUCAUCAAAAAGAUCGCCCGUUAGUUUUAAGUGUUGGCUCAUUAGAGAUCACGACAAACGUAUAGACCCGCCGUAGAUCUGAGAAAUCUACAGGUCCGUUAAUUCUCCUGCUUUCAAGAAAAUACUCAUGCUUAAGAACUGGAUAUAACAUCGCUCGCUAAAGCUAUCAAUUUUGCACAUGGAUUCAUCAUAUGUACAGUACCCACAUCUUCGAAUCUUGUGAUCCGUGCUAAGGGGAGAAGGAUGACACCGACAAGGCUUGUAGUUGUUCUGAUGGUGGGGUUUUUGUGUUACCGAUGUACCGCGACUGACUCAUAUGUAGACUGGGACGAGAGCAGAGAACAAGUUCAGCAGAAACUCAAGAAGGAGGGAAAUGAAAUCACAGAAAAAAAAUUGCGCAUUCAACAAAAAGAGCAAGAAACGGACUACAAAGAUGAUGCGGAAAGGCAGAGAAAACACCCGGAAGAAACAGGGUACAAAGAAGAAGAAAAGGGAAAGAUUGAUCGAAAAACGGAGACAGGCUACAAACGAGACAACGUAGUUGGCGAAGGACACACUAAAAAACAGCGGCUUCUAGAUUGGGUUACUGGCAAACUAGCUAGUAUCAGCGGUGUAUACUACACUUCUAGUCAACAAGACCAAGUGAAGAAUCCGAAAACAAGAACAGAAAUGAAACGUGGAAACGAGAAUGAAAUAGAAUACAGCAGUAAGACGAUUCGCGCAAGGUCUCUGCUCGUAUUUCAUUCCCCGAGGAUAAUCGUACGACGAGAAGCUACACCCGAACCCGAAAGCACCUCCGAACCAGAACCCGAAACAAUUACGGAGCCCGAAGGUAGUCCGAAUGGAACGUCGGAGCCCGAGCCGGAAUUGUGGCCCGAGCCAGAGCCCGAAUGGGAUGCAGCUAAGCAGGAGUGGCGUGCGGCCUGGCCCGCCCACGUGAUCGGGUUCGCUGUAAUUUUUGGCGUAUUGGCCGUGGUGAGUCUCGGCGAACUGGUGCGAGUCCACGUGUCAAGCCAAAGGAAGCCCGCGCUUAAGAUUAGCCUCUUGGUAAUGAUCUCAGUUUUCUGUUUCAUGCGUACUAUCGCACUGUCAGUCAACGCGUACAACUCCUCCGACAGCGUCAAUCACACGUUCAUCCGCAUCAUCUUCUCACUCGGUCAUCCCUGCAUCAUCUCCGCCAUAAGUCUACUACUACUGGUCUUGAUUGACACCACCAAAAUGAACGUAGCUCCGCCCACAUUCCAGCGCGUGCACGUGAUCGUCGCGGUGGUAGUCGUGCACGUGGUACUCGUCUUCGUCACGGAUUUCGUAGUCGGAUAUUACGCAAAAAGCAAAGUGCUGAUCCUCCUUUGCCAAAUAUAUUAUAUCAUUACCGGUCUAUCACUGUCUAUCGGGUACGCUCGAGUCGGCUGGAAGAUACACCAUAACUCUGCAGCGAACAUUAGCCAAGAUAAUAAGAUGCAGAAACUUAAAAUCAGCAUCGCCACCGCGUCCGUGAUCGGCGUUCUAAUUGUAGCGCUCACUAUCUAUGGGGCCGCGGGGGUCUUCGGGAUAUACUCUGACGUCACAUACGUGUCCGCGUGGCCCUGGUGGGGAUUCCAGACUGCGCAGCGCAUGCUUGAGGUUGGCAUGGUGAUACUUCUGCUGUUUAUGAAUAUUCGUACCGCGGGCUCAAGAGCCGGAUUCGUGACGUCAUGGAAGAGGCGUUUGUUCGGCGCUAACAAGGUGCUUCCCCAUACAAAUACUACUACCGUCCAAUCGAUGACUACAUAAACCGAUAAUACAGGACAUGUGCUAACAGAUCACGUGACUUUUUGGGUGGCAAACUAGCGCGUGCUCAGCUUUUUGGCGGCAAAAUAAUCACGACAAAAAGCAAUAGCGCUUACGAAUAAAGUCAGAAUGUUUAUUUUUACUUCUAUUUUUUUUUUGUCGUUCUCUGUCGCGACGGGCGCAAUCAUUUUUAUUUUUAUUUUGGCUUAAAUUUGCAACUUAAAAGGUCACGUGACAUUUUAGCGCAAGUCCCCUAUUAUGGUACAAUGCUGAUGCUUUUAUGUAACAGUCCACUGAUGUAAUCUUAUCACAAAUUUCAUUCAUAUGGAAUUACUAGCACAAGUGAUGGGAAGUGCUAAAAAGGUUGCUAAAGAAAGUAUGAUAAUCUUAAAAAAAUUAACAAAUGUAUGCAUGUAAACCGAAAGUUACAUAAA